GCUCUCGCUGGGAGAUACUCCUGGGCUUGCUAUGGAGCUAGUCCUCAUUGGGCUUGAACAUUUUUUUCUUCCGAAGCUUCACUUCCACAGGAAUCGAGGGCAAAUAGGAACAGAGAUGAGUCCUGAGCGGCCCCUUUGCACAGGGAAGGGCAAUAGCAACUCUGAGCCACCAGUCUUGGGCUGGGCACCGUCCCUGUUUCCUGUGUGAAGCAGUCUGGGGGCCCGUAGCCACACCCCAUCAUCGGGGCUGGCCCCCGCGUCCCUCCCACAAGAGGAAGCUGCAUCAUGUACGUUCUUGAAGCUACCGCAACCCUUCCGAUGUUGCUUCUUCCUCUCACGCUCCCCGGCGGUGGGCCUCCCGUUCCGUGUGGCAGCAGGUGAACAUGGCAGUGCUCCGGCUUGCCCUGUUGACGGCCCUCUGGAGCGUCCGCCUGGCCGGCAGUCUCGCCCUCCGCUCACAAAGGCUUCCGGGCCAGGACGGCACCAGCGGGGGGGAGCCGGGUGCACACCCCCUCCCUGCCAAAACGGACUCUUGGCUCGUCGUCCCACCCAGGUGGGAGUGGCUGGCCCCAGGAGGGAGCAGUCACGGUGCCCCGCAGGCGCCCCGCAGGAAGAGGCAGGCCAGGACGGCGCUUCCUGCAGCUCCCACGGGAACGGUUUCCAGUGGCAAAACUGCCGGACCUUUCUCUAAUGCCGCCACAGCUUCAACCACCCCUCUGAGGACGAUAUCCCAAGAUGUCGCCAACAAAACCGAUGCCCGCUUAAGUACCUCAAAGAGCGCAAAGCUGCCCCCCGGCCCCACCCCAACUUCUCCUCUCCUCUCCAAAAAAGGGGGCACCAAAGACAACCUCGCUUCUGGGCUGGUCGUGGAAGAAACCACCGCUGUGCCUGCAGAAACAAGGGACGUUCCUUCCACCCCUUGGCCGUGGCCAGAUGAAUUUUCUACUACGUCUGUUCCACUUCUGGACGACCCCAGCACUUCCACAGCAGACCUGAGCCGUGGCUUUGCUGGAGCGAAGAGAACACCUGGUUCCCCUCACACGGCAGCUGCAGCUUCCUCCUCCUCCUCCUCCCCCCCCUCCUCCUCCUCUCACACGGCAGCUGCAGCUUCCUCCUCCACCACCACGACCACCACAGAAGAGCCCUGGCUGGAAGAUCUUUCCACCUCAUCCUCUAUGACUCUGGACGACUCCAGCACUUCCACAGCACACCAGAGCCAUGGCGAAGACACGGAUAGGUCCGUUCUUGGGAGAAAGGGGAACCAGGGGGUUGCUGUCCCGACGGCCGCGGCUCGGAGCACCCCUGCCUGGGUGCCUCCCCCUGGAGCGAGCCCCCCAGGCCGCUCCCUGGUUGGGCAGUGCUUGCUGGCCAUCCUGCUGCUGGCCCUGGUGGCCGCCAUCUUCAUCGUGGCCUCGGCCGUCCUGGCCACGCUGCUCUGGCGCCAGAAGCAAGCCUACCGAAUGAACCAGCGCGGCCACACCGAGAUGGUCUGCAUUUCUUCCCUGCUGGCCGCGGAGGAGGCGGAGGAGGCCGCCCGGAGGGGCCCCCAGGUGAAGCACGUGAGGAUGCUGGGCGAGCCCGGGUCGGAGGUGGAGAUGGACAACCUGACGCUGAACAGCUUCCUGCCGGAUCACUGAGGCGCCCCCUGCCCCGGCAGCUCGGCCUCUCGCUGGCCCGCUGGGAGCCCGGCACCUGCCUCCUUCCGAUCACCCGCGGGUUGCACACGCCCCGUUCCAGACUCCUGCUUGAAAAGUGCACCCGUCACGCUGGGACGGUGCCCGGCCGCACCGGGGAGGGCGCCAUCCUGUCGCAACACAGGCCUGUUGGGCAACUCCCUCCCCCUCAUCUGGCCCGGCUGGCUCGCCCAUCGGGAGACACACUGCUGUAACCCGCCCGCAGGGCCUGGGCUGUGGGGCCUUACAAUAAACGGAAGUAGUCAAGCCUCUGGGUCCCCCGUUGCUGUCGGCCACACGCCUCGAACGCAGGCAGCCCCCUGGCUCCCGAGGGCGGCGUUUCAGGCUUCCUUUUUUGGGAAGGGGGCGUGCCCGCCGACCUUCCCGUGCUGCGGGGACGUAGCUGCUCUGAGUCAGGUCAAAGGCACAGGUCUUGGGCCCUUCCUUCCGUAGCAGAUGGGCUGGGGGAGAAACAAGACAGACGGCGGGGAGCUGUGGGAGGCGGGCACACCGGAGAGCCUGCGGGACCCGCCUGCAGGACCGGCCCCACGUGGCGGGGGGCCGGGGAACAGCUCCAGCAGCGAGGAUCUGGAAGUGGGAUGCAGGAGCCAAGGCGGGCGCGCAGCCACCUCGCACACCGUUAUUCCUGGAGGGGCAAACUGGGGAGGGGGUCUCACUGGGGCUCAGGCACAGCGUUUGUGCAGGUUUGGUUCUGGCACUGCUUCGGUUUCAUCUCGCAUCCUCCCGACGUCUACUUGCCAUCUGACUAUGAAACUCUGCGUGCCAGACAACCGAGCCUUUCAGCAGUGCCAGAUUCUGAAAAUCCAUACGUGUUUAUUAAAUAUAUAUCCUGCCUUUUUUAAAGAACUCAAA